AACCCAAACUCAACAGCAGAACAGCUCGAAGGCCACAAGAGCCCGAACUCCACAGGCAUCAUCGCAGCAUUUUAGCACAGCAUCAUUCUCCGUUCCUCCCCCGCAACGGCCCAAACCCCUCCCCUACAACUUCUUUCAGAUUCUCCCUCACACUAUCUUCGCCACCAUUUCUCCCUCUCUUACACAUGGAAACCAAAGCCCUACCACUCUCCCCCCCGUCUCUCUGAUCCACCUCCACGCCUCAAACCCACAGUUUUUUGUUUUUGUGCCUCUAGGGUUUGAAAUUCUCUCUCUGAAAAUGUCCUUCCCUGCUAUAGCGUGUAUAUACGUCACGGAAGACCUUCUUCGUGAAUGGAGGAACGGGAACUCAAGGUUCAGGGCCCCCAACCCCGUCCCUAUGCUUCGCUUCCUCUACGAGCUCUGCUGGAUCAUGGUACGAGGUGAAUUGCCGUUUCAGAAGUGUAAAGCGGCGUUGGACUCGGUGGAGUUCACGGAUAGAGUGUCAGGUGAAGAGUUGGGCUCGGGUUUUGCGGAUAUUGUGACCCAAAUGGCUCAAGAUCUUGCGAUGCCUGGAGAGUAUCGUUCUCGCCUCACAAAAUUUGCAAAAUGGUUGGUGGAAUCUGAACUUGUACCUUUGAGGCUUUUCCAGGAGCGUUCCGAGGAAGAGUUUCUAUGGGAGGCUGAAAUGAUCAAGAUAAAAGCUCAGGAGUUGAAGAAUAAAGAGGUCAGAGUAAAUACUCGUCUUCUUUAUCAGCAAACAAAAUUUAACCUUCUUCGAGAAGAAAGUGAGGGCUAUGCCAAACUGGUUACCCUUCUUUGCCGAGACUCUGAAGCUUCAACUCAAAAUGUGUCAGCAGCAACAAUAGGCAUUAUCAAGUCAUUAAUUGGACAUUUCGAUCUCGACCCCAAUCGGGCAUUUGAUAUUGUUUUGGAGUGUUUUGAACUUCAGCCAGAUAACAAGAGCUUUCUGGAACUGAUACCAAUUUUUCCCAAGUCUCAUGCUUCACAGAUUCUUGGUUUUAAAUUUCAAUACUAUCAGCGUAUGGAAGUAAAUGAUCCGGUACCGUUUGGGCUAUAUAAGCUUACAGCCUUGCUGGUGAAAGAAGAGUUUAUUGAGCUUGAUAGCAUAUAUGCACAUUUACUACCCAAGGAGGACGAGGCUUUUGAGCAUUAUAAUACUUUUUGUGCCAAGCGACUUGAUGAGGCGAACAAAAUUGGAAAAAUAAAUCUUGCGGCUACUGGGAAAGAUUUAAUGGAUGAUGAGAAACAAGGGGACGUGACAAUAGAUCUUUUUGCUGCCUUAGACAUGGAAACUGAGGCAGUUGCUGAACGAUCUCCAGAGCUUGAAAAUAAUCAAAUGUUGGGCUUGCUUACUGGAUUCCUUUCUGUGGAUGACUGGUACCAUGCACAUAUACUAUUUGAUCGUCUGUCAGCUCUCAAUCCCGUGGAACACAGCCAAAUCUGUAACAGCUUGUUCCGGCUUAUCGAAAAAUCAAUCUCUUCAGCAUAUGCCAUUAUUCAUCAAGCACAUUUCCAAAGCUUUGGGCCUCCUUCAGGGGCCAGCAUUGAUGCCAUGGAUGAAGCGAAUCCAUCAGGUCCUGCUUCGUUUAUUGAUCUACCGAGUGAACUAUUUCAGAUGCUUGCUUGUGCUGGACCUUAUCUUUACCGUGAUACUCUAUUGCUUCAGAAGGUAUGUAGAGUAUUAAGAGGCUACUACUUGUCUGCACUAGAGCUUGUAGGAAAUGGUGAUGGAGCACGGAAUUCUGAAGCUGUUAUAGUUGGUAAUCGAGUUCCUCGUCUGCACCUGAAGGAAGCUAGGUCACGAAUAGAGGAAGCCUUGGGAAAAUGUCUACUUCCUUCAUUACAAAUGAUACCGGCAAACCCAGCAGUUGGCCAGGAGAUCUGGGAAGUAAUGAAUCUCCUCCCGUACGAGGUGCGGUACCGUUUAUACGGUGAAUGGGAAAAAGAUGAUGAGGGGAUUCCUUUGGUUUUGGCUUCACGUCAAACAGCCAAGUUGGACACCAGGAGAAUUUUGAAAAGGCUUGCAAAGGAAAAUCUAAAGCAACUGGGUCGGAUGGUUGCGAAACUGGCCCAUGCCAAUCCAAUGACUGUACUUCGAACAAUAGUUCAUCAGAUUGAGGCGUACAGGGAUAUGAUUACUCCAGUAGUGGAUGCAUUCAAAUAUCUGACACAGCUUGAGUAUGAUGUUUUGGAAUAUGUGGUGAUUGAGCGUUUGGCACAAGGGGGACGUGAUAAGCUAAAAGAUGAUGGCCUCAAUUUGUCAGACUGGCUUCAAUCCUUGGCUUCGUUUUGGGGUCAUCUGUGUAAGAAGUAUCCUUCAAUGGAGUUGAGGGGUCUUUUCCAGUAUCUUGUGAACCAGUUAAAGAAGGGCCAAGGAAUUGAGCUUGUUCUAUUGCAGGAGCUUAUUCAACAAAUGGCAAAUGUCCAGUACACAGAGAACCUUACUGAGGAACAGCUGGAUGCCAUGGCAGGUGGUGAGACUCUUCGUUAUCAGGCAACUUCUUUUGGAGUAACUAAAAAUAACAAGGCAUUGAUCAAGUCGACUAACAGGCUUAGAGACUCAUUGCUUUCAAAAGAUGAACCAAAGCUGGCAGUUCCUCUUUUGUUACUUAUUGCUCAACAUCGUUCUGUGGUUGUCAUUAAUGCUGAGGCCCCCUAUAUAAAGAUGGUUAGCGAGCAGUUUGAUAGAUGCCAUGGCACUCUUCUUCAAUAUGUUGAAUUUCUUUCUAGUGCAGUGACUCCAGCAUCAGCUUAUGCUCAGUUGAUUCCCUCUCUUGAUGAUCUUGUCCAUCUUUACCACCUUGAUCCUGAGGUUGCUUUCUUAAUAUAUCGCCCUGUAAUGAAGCUCUUCAAGUGUCAGGGGAAUUCUGAGAUCUUGUGGCCCUUAGACGACAGUGAUGCCACAAAUAUUGCUACCACAAUCAUGGAGUCUGAACCUACAGAGUAUUCUGGCAAUAUGGUUCUCGAUCUUGGCUCUCCAAGGAGGCCUAUAAUGUGGUCAAGUCUUCUUGAUACUGUCAGAACAAUGUUGCCUUCAAAAGCCUGGAAUAGCCUGUCUCCUGAUCUCUAUGCUACGUUUUGGGGGCUUACUCUCUAUGAUCUUUAUGUUCCAAGAAAUCGUUACGAGUCUGAAAUUUCCAAGCAACAUGCUGCACUUAAGGCUCUGGAAGAGGUUUCUGAUAACUCAAGUUCGGCAAUCACCAAAAGGAAGAAAGACAAAGAGAGAAUCCAAGAAUCUCUAGAUCGCCUGACAACUGAACUACAUAAGCAUGAAGAAAAUGUUGCAUCUGUUCGUAGACGGCUUUCCCAUGAAAAAGACAAGUGGUGGAGUUCGUGCCCUGAUACUUCGAAGAUCAACAUGGAGUUCCUUCAGCGUUGUAUUUUUCCUCGCUGUACUUUCAGUAUGCCAGAUGCUGUCUAUUGUGCCAUGUUUGUGCACACUCUUCAUUCCCUUGGAACACCAUUUUUUAACACAGUGAACCACAUUGAUGUUCUGAUAUGUAAAACCUUACAACCUAUGAUAUGCUGCUGCACUGAAUAUGAAGCUGGAAGACUUGGAAGGUUUUUAUGUGAGACACUAAAGAUUGCUUACUAUUGGAAGAGUGAUGAAUCCAUUUACGAACGUGAGUGUGGAAACAUGCCAGGCUUUGCUGUGUAUUAUCGAUAUCCAAACAGCCAGCGAGUUACAUAUGGGCAGUUUGUUAGGGUACAUUGGAAAUGGAGUCAAAGGAUCACGCGAUUACUGAUUCAGUGCUUGGAAUCUGCCGAGUACAUGGAGAUACGAAACGCUCUUAUAUUGUUGACAAAGAUUUCUAGUGUUUUCCCCGUUACCCGAAAGACUGGUAUAAACCUUGAAAAGCGGGUAGCUAAGAUCAAAAGUGAUGAAAGAGAGGAUCUCAAGGUGUUGGCAACAGGGGUUGGUGCAGCUUUGGCUGCUAGAAAGCCUUCAUGGGUUACAGAUGAAGAAUUUGGGAACGGCUAUCUGGAUAACAAGCCUGCACCAUCACUUUCUAUCAAGUCUUCAGUUAAUUCUGCACCUGUGCAAAGCAGCUCUUCCAUCAAAAUUUCUCAAAGUGCUGCAGCAACCCUACAUCCUGAUUAUGGGAAUUCUGUGAAAGAUCAGCUAUUAAAAGCAAAGCCAGCAGAUGGGAGGUUGGAAAGAACAGAAAGUGUUACAGUUGCAAAGUCGGAUGCUGGAAUUCUAAAAGUAAAAGGUGGUUCUUUAAUUAACGGAUUGGAUGUCCAAUCAUCUUUGCCCUCAACUGCUUUACAAUCUGGUAUUUCAAGAUCGAUGGAAAAUCCAAAGCAAGUGGAUGAAUCUGUAAGAGUAGUGGAUGAAAAUGUGGCAAAAAUUACUACUAAGAACUCGGCAGAAUUUGAGUUGAGAGCUUCGGCAAAACGAUCAGCAACUACUGCAUCGCUUACUAAGCUACCAAAACAAGAUCUUACAAAAGAUGAUAGUAGAUCUGGUAAAGGUGUUGGUAGAAAUCAUGGCUCUUCAACUGGCGACAAGGAUCUUUCAACUCAUGUCUCAGAGGGCAGGCAGGCUGUGACUGUCAAUGCUUCCUCUUCAGUCACUGCAAAUGGUAGCACAGUUUCAGCUUCAGCAAAAGGUUCAACUCCAUCUGCUAGAACAUCAUCCGAUAUCCAUGGUAAUGAAUCCAAGACAGAGAGUGGAGCUUCCAAGUCUUCUGAGAUGAGGGUUUCUGCUGUAAAGGACGAUGGUGCUGAAGUGCCUGAUCUACCAAGGCCCCCUUCUCGUGGUGUUCAUUCUCCUAGGCAUGAUAACUCUGCAACUGCUUCCAAGUCUAGUGAUAAGCUGCAAAAGAGAGGCAGUCCUGCUGAAGAACCUGAUAGACUCAGUAAACGCCGUAAGGGGGAUUCUGAAACAAGAGACUUAGAGGGUGAUACUCGAUUGUCUGAUAGAGAGAGGUCUUUAGAUCAGGGAAAUGAUGAACAAAGUGUCUAUAGGCCCACGGAUAAGCCUUUGGAUAGGUCAAAAGAUAAGAGUAAUGAAAGAUAUGACAGGGAUUAUAGGGAAAGAGUAGAUCGUUCUGAUAAGUCCCGUGGGGAUGAUAUUCUUUCUGAAAAAUUGAGGGAUAGGUCCAUUGAAAGAUAUGGAAGAGACCGUUCAGUUGAAAGACCUCAAGAGAGAGGUACUAAUAGGAGUUUUGAUAGACUUCCUGACAAAGCUAAGGAUGAUAGGAACAAAGAUGACAGAAAUAAAUUACGGCACAAUGAUGCAUCUGCUGAAAAAUCUCAUGCUGAUGAUCGUUUUCAUGGUCAAAGCUUGCCUCCACCUCCACCCUUACCACCUAAUGUGGUUCCUCAAUCUGUCAAUACUGGUAGAAGAGAUGAAGACGUUGAUAGAAGGUUUGGAGCCACGAGACAUACACAAAGGCUAUCUCCAAGACAUGAAGAUAAAGAACGGAGACGAUCUGAAGAGAAUUCCCUGGCUUUGCAGGAUGAUGCAAAGCGUAGAAGAGAUGAUGAUUUUCGAGAGAGAAAGCGGGAGGAACGAGAGGUGCUUUCAAUGAAGGUAGAGGAGAGGGAGAGGGAGAGGGAGAAAGCAAACCUUUUAAAAGACGACACAGAUGCAAAUGCUGCUUCUAAGAGGCGGAAACUUAAGAGGGAGCAUCUACCAACUGGGGAAGCAGGUGAAUAUUCACCUGUGACCCCACAACCUCCUUCCCUUGGUGUUGGUGUGUCACAAUCAUAUGAAGGAAGAGACGGGAGAGAUCGGAAGGGAGCAAUGAUCCAGCAAGCAGGUUACAUGGAUGAACAAAGUAUGAGGAUUCAUGGUAAAGAAGUUGCAAGCAAAAUGACCCGUCGUGAAACAGAUGUGGUCUAUGACCGUGAUUGGGAUGACGAGAAGAGGCAAAGAGUUGAACCGAAGCGGAGGCACCGGAAGUAAUUUUUGAAUAGAGAGAUGCUGUAGUGCACUUAAAAGGCUUUGUUCCUUUCAUACUGUUCUUAUUAGUGAAUUUACAUUUGAAUUUGCUGGCUGCGAGUUUCACUUCCGAAUUUAUCCCCAUGAUGGUUAGCUUGUACCAGACAUUUGAAAUGGUUACAAAACUUUGUUGGCUCUCAUUAAUAGCUCCAUGAGUUCAAAAUGGUAAAUUAAUUCAUACAAUGUACAAUAUUGUAAAUACUGAGCACCCUGUAAUCUUAUGCGUUUCUUACUGGAUUUUACUUCCUUCGUGUCCUCA